UAUUGGUGUUUUCACAGUAGCACUGUGGGUAACAUAUAGCUAACCAUAAGUGAGCGACUGCGCACGGCGGCAUAGCAGGAUACUUUCUUCGUGUCAUGGAAAAUGAGUGUGCAGUAUCUGUCCGUGAGCGACAGACCGAUUAGGAAUCUAGCCGAAAUACGAAGCAUCCCGCGUCCCAGCAUCUCAAUACCGUUACACCGAGCAAUCACGUCCAAGUGAAUGAACUGUUUUUGUCGCGUGGUUUCGUAUCGUCUGAAAUUUUAUCGGCUUCCCCUCGCCACUUCUAAUACGCUACAACUUCAGGACCAUAAGUAACGUCGAGGCGGAGACGACGUGAGAAUUGUGCACAACAAACAAAAUGGCAUCGAGUAUAAUCUCAGGAACGAUGAAACUGGGCAGCUCUUCGGCCAUCCAUGUAGGACCCAUCGUUACUAGUGGAUCCAACGAGAUUAUCUCUAUUGUAAUUCCAUUGUCGGCUCAGAUGGCAACAAUGACACCAGGUCAGGUUGUUGUGAAAGACGCUUACAACGAUUGUAGAAAAGACUUUUCACCGACCACUUCGCCUCCAGAGCAGACUUGCGCCGCCAACAAUGCUAAAGGAUGUCCUUUUCCUAAGUGCAGCCGUUACGGCAGGGCCUUUUCCAGGGCCCACGACCUAAAACGGCACAUGGCGAGGCACGAGGCUAAAAAGGAAAGACUCUCGGCUACGAUGAAUGAAGAAAAGCAUCAUUGCUUGAUAUGUGGUGAGCACUUCUUGAGCGAAGCUGUACUCAAGAAACACAGUCAAAUUCACGAGAGAACGAACAACCAGCAAGUUUUAUUAUGCUACAUAUGCAAAAAUAAAUAUGAAAAUGAGAAGAAACUUAAGGCGCACCUGGCUACGCAUGAUAAGAAAUCGAUGUCUACGAUGUGUGCUCUUUGUGGAUUACGAUUCGAUGAAAACGGUGAGCUCCAGGUUCACAUGAGAGAACACACAAGUAGUAUCGUCGAGGGGCAAUCAACUUUAGCUGACCUCAGGUCGUUGUCACAAUUGGAGUACGUUGAUGAAGAAUUCUUCACUGGGGACCAGAGCCAGGAAAAGAUCAAUGAAAACGCAAGUGUAGCGGCGAAAACUACUAAAAACGUGAACAAAAACGCAAAUGAUACUACAUCGGGUAAAAUCCGCUGUGACUAUUGUUGGAAAACCUUCAAAUCAAAAUGGACUCUCAACUCGCACGUGGCAGCCCAUGAGGGCCGAUUUCAGUACAAUUGCGAUCAGUGCGGAAAAAAGUUCGUCCGUAAAAGCCACUUCGAGGGUCACGUACGCUCGCAUGAAGCAACCAGACCCUACGCAUGCGACGUAUGCGGAAGCACCUUCAAACAGGCGAAGCAUCGUCGCGAACAUUUUAAAAGGAAGCAUCCAGGGACGCAGAAUGCGGUACAGAAUCUCUUAAACAGCAUUAGUGCGUGCGUCUCAGAAGAAUCGUCGGUCGAUCAGCCGAAGUUUACCCUUCUCGUUCCGGUUGAGUUCAAUGCAUGAACCUUAAAUUUGUCUGCAUUUCGUUAUCGAAAGCCGAAAGUCAAAGACUGCAAAAGAAUUACCGGGUACUUUCGUUGUAGUAAUUGUCUAGAUACUUAUCAGACGAAACACGCCAAACUGACUAUUUCUUUGGCAGUAUUCUUCGAAUUGGCUGAAACCUUAACAGCGUUUCGGGAAACCCCAAGAAGCAUGUUAGGGCCAGCCACGCAACGUCAAAAGUUCGAAUUUCGAGAAUUGGGUAGGAUUGUUUGUGAAAAUUCAUAAUUCCAACGCUGUUGCCUGCGUUUAUAUUUCUUGUUCAGUUGAACGGAAUGACAAAAAUUUCAUUAAUUGUUUAACGGACCCGGAAAAAGUAGUCCGCUUAGCGUGUUCGGCGCGAAUACGCUAGUCAUCUUAUUGUGAGUACAUCUAUUCUGUAAUUUCAACCUCUUCGUAGAAUAUGGCACAAAAAUGGCGUCUAGAUUUUUAUGCCAAUGAAUUACUAAAAUCUAGGCGAUUUUUCCAGUCAUUGAUUUAAAAGAGUUUUAUACCGGUCAUUCAAGACCGGUUCCGAAACGGCGUAUAUCUCUAUGAGUUUGUCGGCCGUAUCCAUGACGUUACGUUGCAGUGAAAAACUUUGAUAUCUCAGUCACGAUCUCAGACUGUAUGGUUUGCUCCAAAGCUAUCGAAUUUUCUCAUUUGAAUAACAUAGGAUAUUAAGCACUUCCAGGCUGAUGGUUCUUUUCAAUCACAUACUUGUUUGAAAAGACUGAAAACUUGGUGGAAUUCUUACCUCUUCUUACUUGGUAUUGUAUAAAUAUGUUAUAGAUUAAUAUUGUUAGCGAAAUAAUUUUCGAACUACUAUCUGUUUUGUUAUAGGUACGAAUUUAGCUUGGUUUCAGAUUCUUAGGAGCAAGAAUGUAUUCGGAAAAAAAUAUUAACCCAGAAGUGCUAAAAUUCUAGUGUUAUUUUAAUGAGAAAAUCCGAUGGCUUUAGGUCAGUCCUCGGUAUCGAAACAAAAACCUGGGUGUUUUGCUGGAUUUUUUUUUUAAAUUUAUUCGGAGAUAUUAUAGCCCACACGGGAGCAUUAAAAUUUGGAAGACCAUUUGGAAGACUAUGCUAAUGUGCCUGAGAAUCAGAAAAGAAAUUGUAUCAAUGUUGAUAUUUCUUCAUAAUUAAUUACUCUAUUGGGCGAAGGUAUCAGAUUUCGCAUCAUUCACAGUCUGCUCAAAUGCAAAAUUGAAAUCGACGAGCCACGAAACACUGCGAUUAUUCGGACACUUGAAAGCGUAGGAAUAUAUGUAUAAAUAAUUGUGUUUUUGUAUAAGUGAUAUUGUAUACGUAUGUUUCCAAGAUUCUGUAAUGGAAAUGGAAUUAACUCCAGGCAACGUAGAGCCAUCACUAAAACUUAAAUCAUGUCAGUUUUUGAAGUCGUCUACUGCUUUGUUUUCGAAAUAUGAAAAUAUUGUCAUCUGCAACACUUGUGCUCUGAAAUGUGAUUAUAAUGUUAUUCAAUAAGCGUUUGCCGUAAAUCAGGAACAAAUUUCUGAGUUAUGUAUUUAUGAAAGAAGAUAUUAUGUAUUUGACAAAUGUCCGAGUAAACGGUCAAUCUUUUAUCAAAUGUUGUGAACGUGACGAAUAAAACAAUAGGUGUUUUACACUAUGAA